CAGUUGGACCUAGCGGAACUCCGGGUUUGGAGUCAACCUCUUAGGGGCCGAGGAAAAAACAGCGGAAAAAAAAAGAAGACUCCCUUCAGCUGAGGGCAGGGCUCUGCGCCCGCGCUGCGCGGCAGUGACGACAUUCGUCCGCGUCCGCAGCUGAGCGUUAUGAGCGCUUGCGCAGUGGCUCCGAGCGGGCGGUUGCUUGUUGGUUGUUGUAGUAACCGGGAAAGUAGCCGUCGGCGGCUGCCCUGAGCCUUGCUGGGGAAGGAAGAGGGAGGUAGGCGCAGAGCGCGGUCCACGCCUGCUCGCCCCGAACCAUGGGAAGAUGAGACAGGCAGCCUGGGAAAGGUUGGCAUCCCUUCCCGUUUGGAGGUUUUGUUUGUUUAAACUUAAAGGGCUUCCCAACAUUUUGGGAAAGAUCAAGAAAUCCCGUUGAGAAUCCCCUGAAGAAAGCCAUUGAAGUCGUUAGACAUUGCCCAUUGCGCCGAAGAUCUUUGAUCAUUAUCAAGGAAUCUGUGCCAUCCAAAUUGCUUGAUCCAGUGAAUCUGCUAGGAAAGGUCUCUGAGGCCCCCGUCUACUGACUGCAUGACAAACCCUAAAGGAAAUGCCAGUCGUGAUGGCCCGGGACCUGGAGGAAACAGCAUCAUCCUCAGAAGAAGAGGAGGUCAUAAGUCAAGAGGAUCAUCCAUGCAUCAUGUGGACUGGAGGCUGCAGGAGAAUUCCAGUUUUGGUAUUCCAUGCCGACGCUAUUCUUACAAAGGACAACAAUAUUAGAGUAAUUGGAGAACGUUAUCAUUUGUCUUAUAAGAUUGUACGAACGGACAGUCGCCUAGUACGCAGCAUUCUGACAGCCCAUGGAUUUCAUGAAGUUCACCCAAGUAGCACUGACUAUAACCUAAUGUGGACAGGAUCCCACCUGAAGCCCUUCUUACUGCGCACCCUCUCUGAAGCACAAAAAGUUAAUCACUUUCCCAGGUCUUAUGAACUUACCCGGAAGGACCGACUGUAUAAAAACAUUAUUCGAAUGCAGCAUACACAUGGAUUCAAGGCUUUUCACAUCCUCCCUCAGACCUUCCUCCUGCCAGCUGAGUACGCGGAAUUUUGUAAUUCAUAUUCGAAGGACCGGGGACCUUGGAUAGUAAAACCAGUGGCAUCUUCUAGGGGGCGAGGCGUCUACCUGAUCAACAAUCCAAACCAGAUUUCCCUGGAAGAGAACAUUCUGGUCUCCCGUUACAUUAACAACCCCCUGCUCAUAGAUGAUUUCAAGUUUGACGUGCGCCUCUAUGUGCUCGUGACUUCCUAUGAUCCUCUUGUCAUCUAUCUCUAUGAAGAAGGAUUGGCUAGGUUUGCAACUGUGCGAUAUGAUCAAGGAGCCAAGAACAUUCGGAACCAGUUCAUGCAUCUGACAAACUACAGUGUGAACAAGAAGAGUGAAGACUACGUCAGUUGUGAUGAUCCAGAAGUGGAGGAUUAUGGAAACAAAUGGAGCAUGAGUGCUAUGCUUAGGUACCUGAAACAAGAAGGCAGAGAUACAACCGCAUUGAUGGCCCAUGUAGAAGACCUGAUCAUUAAGACCAUAAUCUCUGCUGAACUAGCUAUUGCUACUGCCUGUAAAACCUUUGUUCCUCAUCGCAGCAGUUGUUUUGAACUCUACGGCUUUGACGUGCUCAUAGAUUCUACUCUGAAGCCAUGGUUGUUGGAAGUGAAUCUCUCUCCUUCUUUGGCCUGUGAUGCACCUCUGGACCUAAAGAUUAAAGCCAGUAUGAUUUCAGAUAUGUUCACUGUUGUAGGAUUUGUGUGCCAAGAUCCUGCCCAGCGGACAUCAACUCGGCCAAUUUAUCCCACCUUUGAGUCUUCCAGGCGAAACCCUUUCCAGAAACCUCAGAGUCCAGUAUCUGCACAGUUUCAGUCGUCAAAGGCCAAGCAGCGUUGCCGUCCACUCUCUGCCAGUGAUGCGGAAAUGAAAAACCUCGUGGGCUCAGCCCGGGAGAAAGGGCCAGGGAAGUUGGGUGGUUCCGUGCUUGGUCUGUCAAUGGAGGAGAUCAAAGUUUUACGGAGGGUGAAGGAGGAGAAUGAUCGGAGAGGUGGAUUUAUUCGCAUAUUUCCUACAUCUGAGACAUGGGAAAUAUAUGGGUCCUACCUCGAGCACAAGACCUCAAUGAACUAUAUGCUGGCAACACGCCUCUUCCAGGACAGGGGAAACCCAAGAAGAAGCUUAUUGACAGGAAGAACACGAAUGAGUGCUGAUGGAGCGCCGGAAUUGAAGAUAGAGAGUCUGAAUUCAAAGGCCAAGCUGCAUGCUGCGCUUUACGAGAGGAAGCUCCUGUCUCUGGAGGUGCGAAAACGUAGACGACGGAGUAGCAGAUUGAGGGCAAUGAGGCCAAAAUACCCAGUGAUUACCCAGCCAGCUGAAAUGAAUGUUAAAACUGAGACAGAGAGUGAAGAGGAGGAAGAAGUCGCAUUAGACAAUGAAGAUGAAGAACAGGAAGCUUCCCAGGAGGAGUCUGCAGGAUUUCUUAGAGAAAAUCAAGCCAAAUAUACACCCUCAUUGACAGCUUUGGUAGAAAAUACACCCAAAGAAAAUUCCAUGAAAGUUCGUGAAUGGAAUAACAAAGGUGAACACUGCUGCAAACUUGAGACUCAGGAGCUGGAGCCUAAAUUAAACCUGAUGCAGAUUCUUCAAGAUAACGGCAAUCUUAGCAAAGUGCAGGCCCGAAUAGCAUUCUCUGCCUAUCUCCAGCAUGUUCAGAUUCGCCUGAUGAAAGACAGUGGAGGUCAGACGUUCAGUGCCAGUUCAGCUGCCAAAGAGGAUGAACAGAUGGAGCUGGUCGUUCGUUUCCUCAAGCGAGCAUCAAAUAACCUCCGGCAUUCACUGAAGAUGGUAUUACCCAGCCGACGAUUGGCACUUCCGGAACGCAGAAGAAUCCUGGCCCACCAGCUGGGUGACUUUAUCAUUGUAUACAACAAGGAAACAGAACAAAUGGCUGAAAAGAAUUCAAAGAAGAAAGUUGAGGAAGAAGAGGAAGAUGGGGUGAAUAUGGAAAACUUUCAGGAGUUCAUCAGACAAGCAAGUGAGGCUGAACUGGAGGAGGUGUUGACUUUUUAUACCCAAAAGAACAAGUCUGCUAGUGUCUUCCUGGGGACUCACUCUAAAAGUUCUAAGAACAGCAACAGUUAUUCUGAUAGAGGGGCAAAAGGUGUAUUUCUUAUUUCAGAUCACCCUGAGACUAUAAUGGAAGAAGUGAAAAUAAAGCCGCCUGAACAGCAACAGACAACAGAAAUUCAUUCUGAUAAAUUAUCUCGAUUUACCACUUCAGCAGAAAAAGAGGCAAAAUUAGUUUAUAGCAAUUCCUCCUCUACUCCUUUCUCUGGUCCUACUGCUACUCUGCAGAAAAUUCCCAACACCCAUUUGUCAUCUGUUACAACCUCUGACCUCUCUCCAGGGCCUGGCCACCAUUCUUCUUUAUCUCAAAUUCCUUCAUCUAUCCCCAGCAUGCCUCACCAGCCAACAAUUUUACUGAACACAGUCUCUGCCAGUGCUUCUCCCUGCCUACAUCCUGGGACACAGAACAUCCCAAGCCCUGCUGGCCUGCCACGAUGUCGAUCAGGAAGUCACACCAUUGGCCCCUUUUCUUCCUUCCAAAGUGCUGCGCACAUCUAUAGCCAGAAACUGUCUCGUCCCUCUUCAGCAAAGGCAGCAGGAUCAUGCUAUCUAAACAAGCAUCAUUCAGGAAUAGCCAAAACACAAAAAGAGGGAGAAGAUGCUUCUUUAUAUAGCAAACGGUACAACCAAAGUAUGGUUACAGCUGAACUUCAGCGGCUAGCUGAGAAGCAGGCAGCGAGACAGUAUUCUCCAUCCAGCCACAUCAACCUCCUCACCCAACAGGUAACAAACCUGAAUUUGGCAACUGGCAUCAUAAACAGAAGCAGUGCUUCAACUCCCCCAACCCUCCGACCCAUCAUCAGUCCUAGUGGCCCGACAUGGUCGAUACAGUCAGACCCCCAAGCUCCCGAGAAUCACUCCAGCCCUCCUGGAAGCAGGAGCCUCCAGACAGGGGAAUUUGCCUGGGAAGGAGAAGUAGAAAACAACGUGUACAGCAAGGCUACAGGGGUGGUCCCCCAGCACAAGUAUCACCCCACAGCAGGCAGCUAUCAGCUCCAUUUUGCCCUGCAGCAACUUGAACAACAAAAACUUCAGUCCCGGCAGCUCCUGGACCAGAGUCGAGCCCGGCACCAGGCUAUCUUUGGCAGCCAGGCACUACCUAACUCCAAUUUAUGGACAAUGAAUAAUGGUGCAGGUUGUAGAAUUUCCAGUGCCACAGCUAGUGGCCAGAAGCCAACCACUCUGCCACAAAAAGUGGUACCACCUCCAAGUUCUUGCGCCUCCCUGGUCCCCAAACCCCCACCCAACCACAAACAGGUGCUCAGAAGGGCAACAUCCCAGAGAGCUUCCAAAGAGUCCUCCGCGGAAGGGCAGCUGAAUGGACUCCAAAGCAGCCUUAACCCUGCAGCCUUUGUGCCCAUCACCAGCUCUACAGGAUCUUUGGACACUCCCCAAGUUAUUUUCGCCAGAUCCAAACCCUUGCCCACACAAUCUGAAGCCCUUGCUACAGUUAUAGGACAGAGAAAAUCAAAGUCGGUGAAGUCAGGGCCAAUUUAAGGUAACGAUCCUGCUCACACUAAAACUUGAACCACAAACACACAGAGAAACAACCUGUUCACCACUCUUGGGUGCGUGAUUGAGGGUGAAGCAUCCACCAGCACUUCAAGGGGUCCAUAGUAUUUUUUCUUGCUGCCUCAAAGUCCCCAAAGCCUUCGAGCAGAAGUAGCAGUAGAUAGUUGCCAGUCAGCCAAUGCAGACUUUCACUGGGACAACAGGAAAGCAGAUCUUCUGGGUUUUGAUGGAACUUGGCAGUGGGGACAUUCAGCUGAUGCAUUAUAUACCCCGUCAGAGCACACUUGUAUCUUUUACCUUCCCUUUGCCCCAUGCCCCCGAACUGCUUAGGUCUUCUCUGUCCCUUUACUGCUGCUGCACAGAGAUGAUAUAAAAGAGGCUCUUUGGCUAUUUGCAUUUUGCUUCCUCUUCUUUUCCAGAUUACAGUAUGAAGCUUUAUUUUCUUUGUACAAGCUUAAAAUUUCAACAUCAUCAUCCGCCAAAGUUGUUCCUCCCUUUUCAGAGGAUCUAGGGGGAAAGAAGAGCAUUCAUCACAAGUUUCCUAGAGAGAGGAGACAAAUCGGUGUGCUGUUGACAACAUGAGCCAGGGUAAAGGCACGCUUUGGAAUUCUGAUUUCAAAGAUUAAUAAAGUAAUUCUAUUUUUA